AGAACAGAAUGACACUCCCUAAGUCAUCCUGCGGUAUCUAUAGAAACCGAGGCAAAUUCAAUAGGAUAUUGAAAUAUUUCGGGUCGAACCAGUGUAGUGUAUUUUAUCAUUUCUUUUUCAUGUGAAUUCGUGCAUGCAUGUUGAUGUUUUCCUAGCAGCGUCUGGCCAGUGACCGCACAUACAAAAUGUCAUCGACCUGGUGAUGCUUCCACGUCUUGCUGGACAGCACAACUUAUGGACUGCGUUAUCUUGUCCGCCAUUUUGAGCGUCAAUUAUGUCCGAUAUUCGUAACCCGCCUGCUUAAUUGCUGUGUUCAUCUGCCGAGUGUCGUUGUGACAGCGCGUCGUGUUGGGGGGCAGUGGAUGACAUUGCCGGGCCGGCUAGCUGCAAGCUAACAACGCAGUCAGGAAGGGAACAACCCGCCAUGGGCCUGCGGAUCACCCGCUGACAAGUCGCCGAGUUGCCGUCCAGCCAGAUGCCGAGCACGGAACAUGACGUCUGAAAGCUAAGUGCGAGUGCCCCUGAUGUCAGCCAUGUUUUGGAAGUUCGACCUACACACUGCUUCUCACCUGGAGGCUUUACUGGACAAGGAGGAUGUCACGCUUACCGAACUUAUGGACGAGGACGAUGUGCUGCAAGAGUGCAAGGCUCAGAACAGGAGACUUCUCCUAUUCCUGUGCCAGGACCAGUGCAUGCAGGAGCUGGUGCGUAAGAUUACUACUGAGCCUCCUGCUGGUAUAGAGGAGACUAAGCGAUUUAAGUAUUCAAAUAUAGCAUGCGAGCUAUUGACAAGCGAUGUGGGCGUCAUCAACGACAAGUUGGGCAAUGAGGAGCCUCUUCUGGACACCCUGUAUGCCUUCCUGGAGCAGCCCUCUCCUCUUAACCCCUUACUGGCAUCCUUCUUUAGCAAGACAAUUGGGAACCUCAUUGCACGAAAGACUGAGCAGGUGAUCAGUUUCCUGCGGGGGAAGGACGGAUUCCUGUCCUUAGUUCUGAAGCACAUCGAUACGUCAGCUAUGAUGGAUGUUCUUCUACGACUAAUCAGCUGCGUGGAGCCCCCUCCUCUUCGUCUGGAGACCCUGGCUUGGUUGAAUGAAGAGAAGCUGGCCCAAAGACUCAUAGAGAUCAUUCAUCCGGAGAAGGAUGAAGAAAGGCAGUCCAACGCCUCUCAGACUUUGUGCGACAUUAUUCGUUUAAGCAGAGACCAGGCUAAUCAGCUUCAAGAGAUGUCCCAGCCUGACCCUUUGCUGACUGUGCUGGAAUCGCAGGAGUGUGUGGAGCAGCUGCUGCAGAACAUGUUCUCGGGAGACCGAACUGAGAGCUGCAUUGUUAAUGGAAUUCAAGUUCUGCUUACAUUAUUGGAAAUCAGAAGGCCAGUUGUGGAUGGAGUAAUGGAUGCUCAGGGAUUUGAGAAAAGCUACACUAUUAACAGCAGCAUUCUGUUGGCCAUCCAGCCACACUUGGUACAUUUCCACCAGCUUCUCCUCGAGCCCCCGAAGCGAAGUCGUAUGCUGACUACUUUAGGUGUGAUAGAGGAACCUUUAGGGAACACGAGGCUGCACGUAGCCAGACUAGUGGCCUCUCUGCUCUACACCAGUUCUGCCAGCCACGCAGUCAUAGCACAGGAACUUUGCAGACUCAAUACAGUGGAUCUGCUUUUGAACUUGUUCUUCAAGUACACAUGGAAUAACUUCCUGCACCUCCAAGUGGAGCUCUGUGUUGCGGCCAUCCUGCGGCCCUGUGCCCAUGAAAUGAGACUUCAGCCAGCUGUAGGAUCCCAGGACAAGGUCAAGUCUCCUCAGGAUGCAUCACAGGAGCAGGCUGUGACAGAAACGCCAGUCACCCCCGAAAACGCUGCACAUAAUUUAUUGGUGACUCAUCUGUUUCAGCAUUGCCGUCUUGUUCAGAGGAUUCUAGUUGCCUGGGAAGAGAACGAUAAAACACAAUCAGAAGGUGGGAUGAGGAGAGGCUACAUGGGACAUCUAACCAGGAUUGCCAAUACCGUGGUCCACAAUCUGGAGAAAGGACCGGUUCACACCCAGAUUAAUAAUCUCAUCUGCGAGCUGCCAGAUGACUGCAGGGGGCGCUGGGAGGCUUUUGUGGACCAGACGCUUUCAGAGACUAACAGGAGAAACACCUUGGAUCUGGUCGGCAGCGGGAAUCCACGUCCUUCCUCAGAGGACGAUAUGAUGGAGAGCCCUUUCCCAAAAGAACUGUCACUGCAGCAGGCAUUUUCAGACUACCAGAUUCAGCAGAUGACAGCAAACUUUGUUGAUCAGUUUGGCUUCAACGACGAAGAGUUCACCGAUCAUGAUGACAGCAUCGGGGCAACAUUUGAUCGAAUCGCAGAGAUCAAUAUCAACAUUGAUGUAGGCCAAGACAGUGCCAAUACAGCUGUGUUUGACGCCUGUGCCAAAGAGAGGAUUCAACCCUUUGAUGAUGAUGAUGACGAAGAGGACAUCUGGGAGGACAAAGAGAUUAACUAUGCAACACAAACCAAGUCGAGGAACAGAUUUGGUGGGUCACAGGCAGCUCAAGGGCAGGCAGCUGCUAGAACCUGUGAUAGGUCAACUACCGCUGCCACGCAGGCCUCCGACAAAGCAACAGGCUCUGACUCGGAUGAAGGAGAGGAGCCGAAAGAUGACCUUGACCCCUUCUCCAGCCAGGCCGAGCCCACAAAGAACUCUGGAGACUGGAUUGCAGACUUUGGGGAGGUGAACUCAAAGGCUCCUGCUGCAGGCGUAGGUUUUGCAGCCUGGGACAAUCCCCAAACAGCAGCCACAGAGACGCCGGAGAAAGGCUGGGCCAAGUUCACAGACUUCCAGCCUUUUUGUUGUUCUGAAACAGGCCCCAGAUGUAGUUCCCCUGUGGACUCUGACCUCAGUGGACCCAACAGCACCAAACCAAAUCAGAACCCCUGCGUGUGGAGCGUGUGCGGGGCCAGGAAAGCUCCAUUGGUGGCGUCAGACAGCUCGUCGUCCAGCAGCUCUGAAACCGACGAAGAAGAAAGCAAGACGGAGUCGACAUCCACUGAGACGGUAACCACGGAGACCAGAUUUUUUAUUGCCUACUGA